UUAGGUGUUUGUCAGUGACUGGAGAUUUACUAUCAGUUUAGAAAAAGGGGGAGGAACUAAAGUUAGCUCACAAAUUCCCCACAGGUUUUUGUCUAUGCAGAAGUGCCCGGAGUUUCUCACCCUGAGUUCUGACCUGUAAAUCUGCAAGGAAAUCUUGAGAGUUUUUCUUCUUCCUUUUCUUUCUUUCUUUCUUUUUUUUAAAGGAGGCAGGGAGCUGUGGAUCCAUCCCAUCAUCGGAAUCCUAGCUGAGAAGUAACUUGUAAUGGAGGCUUCACCUCUUGAGUUACCAGCUGACACAUUUCAACGCAUCACAUCUGAACUUAGAUGUCACCUGACAGAUGAGAGGGUUGCCCUCCACCUUGAUAAGGAAGAUAAGCUGAGGCACUUCAGAGAGUAUUUUCAUAUCCCCAAAAUGCAGGAUCUACCUGCAGUUGAUUUAUCUUUAGUGAAUAAGGAUGAAAAUGCCAUCUAUUUCUUGGGCAAUUCUCUUGGCCUGCAACCAAAAAUGGUUAAAGCAUAUCUGGAAGAAGAACUAGAUAAGUGGGCCAAAAUGGGAGCCUACGGUCAUGAGAUAGGGAAACGUCCUUGGAUUACAGGAGAUGAGACUAUUUUAGGCCUUAUGAAUGACAUUGUAGGAGCCAAUGAGAAAGAAAUAGCCCUAAUGAAUGGUUUGACUGUUAAUUUACAUCUUCUACUGCUAUCAUUUUUUAAGCCUACACCAAAACGGUAUAAGAUUCUUUUGGAAGCGAAAGCCUUCCCUUCAGAUCAUUAUGCUGUUGAGUCACAGCUUCAACUACAUGGACUUAACAUUGAGAAGAGUAUGCGGAUUGUAAAGCCAAGAGAGGGGGAAGAAACAUUGAGAACAGAGGAUAUCCUUGAAGUAAUUGAGAAGGAAGGAGACUCAAUUGCAGUGAUCCUGUUCAGUGGGGUACAUUUUUACACUGGACAGCUCUUUAAUAUACCUGCCAUCACAAAAGCUGGACAAGCAAAGGGUUGUUUUGUUGGCUUUGAUCUAGCACAUGCAGUUGGAAAUGUCGAACUCCGCUUACAUGACUGGGGAGUUGAUUUUGCCUGCUGGUGCUCCUACAAGUAUUUAAACUCAGGAGCGGGAGGUCUUGCUGGUGCCUUUGUCCAUGAAAAACAUGCUCAUACAAUUAAACCUGCGUUAGUGGGAUGGUUUGGCCAUGAACUCAGCACCAGAUUUAAGAUGGAUAACAAACUGCAAUUAAUCCCUGGGGUUAGUGGAUUUCGAAUUUCAAAUCCUCCCAUUUUGUUGGUCUGUUCCUUACAUGCUAGUUUAGAGAUCUUUAAGCAAGCGACUAUGAAAGCAUUGAGGAGAAAAUCUGUUUUGCUAACUGGUUAUCUGGAAUACAUGAUCAAGCAUUACUGUAACAAAGAUAAAGCAGAUACCAAGAGACCAUUUGUGAACAUAAUUACUCCAUCCUGCAUAGAGGAUCGUGGCUGCCAGCUAACACUAACCUUUUCUAUUCCAAUAAAAUAUGUAUUCCAAGAACUAGAAAAACGAGGAGUGGUUUGUGACAAACGGGAUCCAGAUGGCAUCCGAGUGGCUCCAGUUCCUCUCUACAACUCUUUUCAUGAUGUUUAUAAGUUUAUCAAUCUACUUGCUUCUGCACUUGACUCUGCAGAAACCAAAAAUACCAGUGUUCUCUAGAACAACUUAAGUAGUACUAAGAGCUACUAUAUUUUAUUAUUUUUGUUCUUAUUUUAAUAAUUGGAAAUUUUUUCAAAACCAAUUGCACAUAACUGGCAAUGAAUCAUUUAGUUUACAGAAAGAUCUGAUAUAUUUUCUCUAAAUGUCUGGGGUUCUGAGGUAUCCACAUGUCUGUUCAAUUUCUCCAUGUGUGGUGGAUCAAAGUUUUCAUUGGUCCAAGUAUUAUGUAUACAGUCUUAGCUAGCUGUCACAUUUCAUGGUCAGUGAAUGUUUUAUGCUGAUUUAAUUUAUAAUUUGACUGACAACUUCAUAAUAUAUGUGCAAUUUUUUGUGUCAAUUUUAGAAAUGUCGCUUUAGUUUUAAUUUACCAAAGAGGUUCUUAUAGUCAUUGUAAUUUCGCAGUCUGAUAUAUGUAUGAUUUUGCAGUAUUCCAUCCAACUCUAAUCUAAAGAACAGAAAAUACAUUUUCUAGGGUAGUAGCUUUCAAAUAUUUUGACCACAGUCCACACUAAGAAAUAUGUUUAAUAUCAGAUACCAGUAUUUAUAUGUGUUUAUGUCUUAUUUUAUUGAUUCUAAUAUACAAACUUUUAUCAUAUUUCAA